AAUAAAAAACGCAUGCGCGGAGAGCGAUAUUGUACUACAAGUCGGGUCCAUAUUAUCCGGUCCUACUCGACUCCGUGUUUAUAAACAUUGUGAGCCGUUUAUCGAAUAUCCCGUUAAUAGGAUUGCCUUUGGGUAAGGACGACGUUAUGAACGCAAUCGGAGUGCCGUCGGUGGAUUUAGUUCGGUCCGAAAGACUUUUAUUACAAUUAUUCUCUUCUGUCAAUGUCAUAUUUUCCGUCAUCAAACAUGGCUGCUAAAUGGAUGUUUUAUCGGCCGUAAGAGAUUUUUCUAAAUAUCCGAUAAAUGAGAGAUAUGUUUUCCAUCCCUCUUGCCUCCGACUCGUGCAAUUAUGACUUCGAAAAAGAAGAAAACGCAACUAAAUGGAAGGGAGUUUUCGUCAACUCUUUGCGCAAGGUGUUGGAACAAGUACAUCCAUCGUUACGAGCAAAGGACGAUGCACUGGAUUAUGUAGAAGGUUUAAUUCUUCGGCUACUUGGCAUGCUAUGUACCAGACCGUCGCCACAUCGGGUUGCAGAUGUUGAAGAAAGGGUUAUGAGAACAUUUCCUAAGCCGAUCGACAAAUGGGCUUUGAGUGAUGCAAAAAAUGCACUAGAAAAAGGAAACAAGAAAAAUCAAGUUUUAGUUUUGCCUGUUGAAAAAUUGCACCAACUCUUACAAAAAGAAGUUCUACAAUACAAAAUUGACACACAAGUAUCCCUCUACAUCGUCGCUGUUUUAGAAUAUAUUUCUGCUGAUAUAUUAAAAUUGGCUGGCAAUUAUGUUAAAAACAUUCGUCAUGUGGAAAUUACCUGUCAAGACAUCAGAGUGGCCAUGUGUGCUGACAAGGUCCUUAUGGAUAUGUUUUCACAAGACGACGGUCUGUUGGACAUGGAAAAUGAAUCUGAAGGUGGCUUGAUUGGCUCGGGGAGGAGCUCGAGGGUCAGUUUGACAUACGAAGAAGUUGUGAAAGAUCUCCUGCAGUGUGAAAAACAGCAUUUAAGGAAUUUACAUAUGAUAAUUAAAGUUUUUAGAGAAGAAAUUUGUCGACUCAUCCCUCCUGGGCACAACAAGGAGCUGGAUGCUAUGUUUAACAAUAUAAUGGAAAUUUACGAUUUAUCUGUGACGCUUAUGGGAUCUCUAGAAGAUAUGUUAGAAAUCAGUGAAGAACGCCAAGUUCCUGCAUUAGGAAGUUGUUUCGAAGAGCUUGCAGAAGCUGAAGAAUUCGAUGUUUAUGGUAGAUAUGCAAAAGAAAUCGUUAGUUCCAAAUGGUUAGAAGCUUUGGCUACUUUAGCCAGUAACCCAAAAGUCUCGACAGCCGGUCAGGGUUUCCGGGAAGCAGUCAAGUACUACCUACCUAAACUAGUCAUUGCACCCAUCUCUCACUGUUUAAUUUAUUUUGAGUAUAUUAAGAUACUGCAUCGUUUAACACCUUUAGAUGAUGAUAGGGAAAGUCUGAAACAAGUUGAAGGGGUUUUGAGACCUCUACAAAUGGAAUUGACAUCACCAGAAGUGAACAACUUGUUAAAGAGGGAAACACCUGUCCGAACAAACGGUCGUGUUAGAAGACAAUUGGCCUUAGAAAAAACCAAUGAACUUCAAAAAACAAUAGACGGAUGGGAUGUCAAAGAUCUCGGCCAGUAUUGUAAUGAAUUAAUUAGAGAGGAUAUGCUAGGUAAAUGGUCAACCAAAGGGAGGCGUUUGACUGAGAGGAGAGUGUUCCUGUUUGAUGGCGUUUUAGUAUUAUGCAAACCAAAUACAAAGAGGACAGCUGUAUCUGUCACUGCACCAUUAGGUGGUUCGACUGCUGAAUAUAGACUUAAAGAAAGGUUUUUUAUUAGGAAAGUUGAAAUCACCGAUUGGGAAGAGUCAGAAGAAUUAAAAAAUGCUUUUGUGAUCUCACCACGUGUCCCACCUGCAGUAAUACUUGUUGCGAAAUCUGCUGAAGAGAAAAAUAAUUGGAUGGCUGAUUUGAUUAUGCUUAAUACAAAAAGCAUGCUUGAGAGAACAUUAGACAGUAUACUGCUCAACGAAGAGAAAAAGCACCCUUUGAAAUUACCGUCACCCCAGAUUUAUAGGUUUGCCGAGGCGGAUUCUUCGGACAACAUAGUUUUGGAAGAAAGGCAAAACUCCGGUGUCCCGCUUAUUAAAGGAGCUACACUGUGUAAACUUGUCGAAAGGCUGACUUACCACAUCUACACAGAUCCAAUGUUUGUUAGAACGUUUUUGACUACGUAUAGAAGUUUCUGUUCACCUCAGGAACUGCUGUCUCUACUAAUUGAACGGUUUCACAUACCAGCACCUGAAGAGGACAAGAAUUUUUUUAGAGAGGAUAUGAAGCGAUACAGGGAAAAGUAUUGCCAACCGGUUCAAUUCAGGGUUUUGAAUGUUCUUAGACAUUGGGUUGAUCACCAUUUUUAUGAUUUUGAGCGCGAUAAAAAAUUACUGGAAGAUUUGAAAGCAUUUUUAGACUCGGUCAAUGUUAAAUCUAUGAGAAAAUGGGUCGAUUCUGUUUCGAAAAUAAUACAACGCAAGUGCGAAACUACGGAUCAACAAAGGGAACGGACUUUUGCAUUUAAUCACUCUCCUCCACCUAUAGAAUGGCAUAUAAAAUGCAGCGAAGAAGAGUGGAACAUUUUAACGUUGCACCCGAUAGAAGUAGCGAGACAACUGACUCUUCUCGAAUUUGAUUUAUACCGAGCUGUAAAACCCUCUGAACUAGUUGGUAGUGUUUGGACGAAAAAGGACAAAGAGCAAACCUCCCCGAACCUGUUGAGAAUGAUCAAGCACACAACUAAUUUUACUAGAUGGGUUGAAAAAAAUAUUGUCGAAGCUGAAAAUGUCGAUGAGCGGGUAGCUAUAGUGUCAAGAAUGAUAGAAGUUAUGAUUGUUCUUCAAGAAUUGAAUAACUUCAAUGGUGUUCUUGCCAUAGUUUCCGCUAUGGGCUCAGCAUCCGUGUACAGGCUUAAAUGUACUUUCCAGCAAAUUUCUGCACGCUUAGAAAAGGCUCUUGAUGAAGCUAGAGAUUUGAGCAAUGAUCACUUCAGAAAAUAUCAAGAAAAGUUGAGGUCUAUCAAUCCCCCAUGUGUCCCAUUUUUUGGAAUGUAUUUGACCAAUAUAUUGCAUAUUGAAGAAGGAAAUCCGGACACACUUCCAUCACAACCCCAACUGAUAAACUUCAGUAAAAGAAGGAAAGUUGCAGAAAUAACAGGAGAAAUUCAACAAUAUCAAAACCAACCAUAUUGCCUAAGUGUUGAACCAAGAAUAAGGAAUUUUUUAGAAAACCUAUGUCCUUUCGAAGGAAUGGAAGAUGCUGAAAUAAGUAAUUAUCUUUAUAAUAAAUCUCUGGUCAUAGAACCAAGAAGCUGUCGUCAAGCCCAACGUUUUCACCGUAAAUGGCCGGAUUUGAACUUAAAAUCACCAGGGAUCAAAGCAAGAAGUCUGUCUAGACAUGGCCCACCACAACCGUUAGUCGUAGUCCAUAAACAUGACGAUUCGCAUGAUGACAGUCCAACUCCAAGAACCCCUCUGACAGUACCGCACACACCACCUUCACAUGAUGCAUCGCAUCAUUCUUCUGACUAUUCUGUGUUUGCUCAAAUCCAGAUCGGCCAAGGAGUUUCAUUUGGUAACCAAUCUCCUGGAGCCAUUUCCAAUGCGAGUACAGCAAUUAUGGGGCCUCCUCCUCAAAUACCCGGCCCUGCUCCACCGCUUCCACCGAGAGUAAGACGAACGACCCAGGUUAUGGUCGAUCCUCCUCUUUUGCCAAAGCCCCGGGAGCCGUCCCCGCCUCCCCUACCGCCUCGAAAUAGAAGACAUAUGUCUGAAUCUUCGUCAACUCUGCACGUGAGAGCGAGUUCCAUUUCAAGUGUACAUUCCCAUCAACCAUUUGGACCAAUGAUAGGUGGGACUCUUCCUAGACAUUUUAGCCAUAGUGAACGAGAACGCGAGCGUCCUAAUAGGCAAUCGCUCGUCGUACACUCGACACCGUCAACAUUGACCCCUCGGCUACCGCCUAAACCGCUCUUCACUUUUCCUCAACGAUCAGACAUGUUCAACUGCAAUACAAAUAAUCCAGCUUGAACACAUCCGACCAUGUUCGAUGUGCUCUAAAUACUAGAAUAGAAAAUUACUAGUGCCAACACUUAGGUUCAGUGAUAAGAUAAACCAAAUGUCAUUUGACAUUAACUUGAUCUCAGUUUCAGUCACAUGUUCUAUCAGAAGUUUGUAUCAAUUUUUGUUUGGAUUUUUAUUUUUAAGUAAAAGGAAAUGUGACUUAGUUUAUUUAAUUAAUACUCAAAUGAAACAUGUACUGACUUUGAUUUUCUAACCUAAUGAUUCAUUGUGGUAUCUCAGAGUGAAUAUACGAUUUAAGCUCAGGAAAUAGACAGUUAAUAAUGUCGAUAUGAUUUAAAAUUUUCAUAAUGGACAUAAAUGCAAACACAAAAGCCUAAAUUUAUCUAAAAAAUAUUAAAAAAAAAAAAAAACUUUUAAAAGGGAAAUACCACGACAAGAAAAUUGAAUAGAGGCUCACUUUUCCACUCUAAACUUGGUAAAGUGUUUAUAUAUGAAAUUAAAUUGUUUUAAAUGUGUAUUUUAUAAGCUCAACAAUUUAAUGUACCGCCCAUAAUGGGUAAGAUAGGUAUUGUUAUUUUCUUCUGCAGUUUAUUUCCAAUGACGCUUUGUAAGAUAUAUUUAUAGGUUUAAGAUACACGUGUUUAUUCUCGGUGUACCAUCUUGUGGUGAUUUUACAGAGUUUUCUAUAGUUAAUCAACUUAUAAUAAUUAAUAUUAUGAUUGAAAGGAAAAUAUUUGUCUGUAUUGUGAUAUAGGUGCCAAUAACAAAAGUAUUUUAUUCAUUAAUGUGGAUGAGUGGAUCGGGACAUGAAUCUUUUAGGGACCAAAUUCUGUGUUGGAUUUAAGUUUAUAAUGGAAAGUGGUUUUGAUUAGUUUGAAUAAUUCUAAGAAAAUCUCUGUAAAUGUUGCAUUUUUUUAUUGAAAUUUAUAGUUAGAAUACGAAUAACCUUUGUCAAGUAUAAAUGAUUUACGUUAAGAUAAAUUUUAUUUAUGAUCAAUAGUGUUUUUAGAGUGCAAAUGUUCCAUUUUUAUUAACAGCUAUUGAUGUAAUUAAAAAACAAACGAUUAACUUGUCCGUUGAACUGAGUUUGUUUAGUUUUUGAUAAAUUGUGGCCUCCGUACAAGAAAGAUUCAUGUCCUUUGGCAUUCAAAUAAGCCAUUAAUGCUUCAAGUUAUUUUAUUUUUCAUUCGCCAAACAUUUGGAACUUACAGUGGAAGUUUGUUAAGUCUUGAAUUAUCACAACUGCAGAAUAAUUUGUCCGGUGCGACUUAUUUUGAAAAUAAGUUCUGCUUUAUAAAGGUAGCUAUAUUAUUUUAAAUGUAUAUUUUUAUAUUGAUUAUUUUUGACAAUUAGGAAUAAAACAGACCUGCCAUAAUGAAGAAAUUGUUUACGUCCUCAGAUAAGAAUUAAGUCCACAUUAUGAAAAUGAAAGCUUUCAAUGAAUUCACAAUUUAAAUGUAGCAUCAAAAGUUACUGAUUAUGAUAUAUUUAAAAGACGAGUACAAUAAUUGUAUCUAUGUAUUAGAAUAGUUAAAUGUUGGUAUUGUAAGGGUUUUUACCUUCGUUGAAAUUUUUAUUGUCUCCAUUAUUUAUACUGCCCGUGGUAGCAGUUUUUGAGCACAUAAUUGUGGUUCCUAAAAAAAACUAACAAAAAUAAAAAACAAAAAAACAGAACUUUCUUCUUACAAAA